AACAAUUCGGCCCUUGAAUUGUCAAUUUAUUAUCAGGUUAUUAACAACUUCAUCCUAUGGUAGCUGUUCAAUUGCAACAAAUCCUUUUGAGGAAGAUUUUUUAAGACAAAAAAAACUACAUCUAAUAUAUUUCUAAGGAAAUAAACAAGUGACAACUCCCUUGAAUGUUUUCCUCUUGAGAAGGUAUUGCAGUUAAACAAUCCUUGAAUAUAUAAAGAAUCAACAAUAUUUUCUCUUGACUUGUAUGUGAAGCAUAAAACAUCAUCUUUACAACCCUGCAUGGAUCUUUUAAUUUUAAUCUAUCAAGUAUCCUUGUCAAGAAAAAAACCCCAUUUUUUAAACAUAAAUCCAUUUUCUCAUAUUAAAAUUCUUACUUGUUUAUAAAAACAUGAAGUUCCUAUUCAAUGGAAUAGAUAUUUUCCUUCAUUCAUCCAAUAACACAUACAACAUAGUUUGGUAAACAACAAAUGAAGUCAAUAGCUACACUUCUCUUGGUGCUGAACUUUUGCAUGUAUGUCAUAGUUUUAGCCAUUGGUGCAUGGGCUAUGAAUAGAGCAAUUGAUCAUGGUUUUAUUAUAGGUCCGGAAUUAAAACUUCCAGCUCAUUUUUCACCCAUUUUCUUUCCAAUGGGAAAUGCUUCAACUGGAUUCUUUGUUACAUUUUCUUUGUUGGCUGGAGUAGUUGGUGUUGUAUCAGCAAUUUCCGGAAUCAAUCAUAUCUGUUCAUGGACUGCUAAUAGUCUGCCAUCUGCAGCUUCAGUUGCUACCAUGGCUUGGACUCUUACACUUCUUGCCACGGGUUUUGCGUGGAAAGAGAUUGAGCUUCAAAUUAGAAACGCGCGCCUGAGAACCAUGGAGGCUUUUCUAAUUAUCCUCUCAGUUACACAACUUCUCUACAUAAUUGCCAUUCAUGGUGCUGCUGCAUAUAAUAUAUAUACUUGAAAGUUGAGAGUUUUUUCUUCUUUUUUAUUUCGUUUUCUUUUUAACUGUCU